AUGGAAUCCUUGUUGCGGAGUGAGGAAAUGACAUUGUGUCAGAUGUUCCUACAGUCUGAAGCAGCAUAUGCUUGUGUCUCGGAGCUUGGGGAGUUGGGCCUGGUACAGUUUAGAGAUCUGAAUCCUGAUGUUAAUGCCUUCCAGCGCAAAUUUGUCAAUGAAAUUCGACGCUGUGAAGAAAUGGAACGAAAAUUACGGUUCUUGGAGAAGGAGAUCAACAAAGAUGGAAUUCCUAUGUUGAACACUGGAGACAACCCAGAUGCUCCAGUCCCCAGAGAGAUGAUAGAUUUAGAGGCCUUGAAACGAAAUUUUCUAGAGCUCACAGAGCUGAAACACAUUUUGAGGAAGACACAGACUUUCUUUGAUGAGGCUCAACUACAUGUCCAGGCUUCCCACGACCCCAGUCUGACAGAAGAGAGGGUGGGUUUGUUAGGAGAUGAGCAAGCCAGUCGCGCUGGACAGCACACGAAGCUAGGGUUUGUGGCCGGUGUGAUCUUGAGGGAAAGAAUUCCGUCAUUUGAGGUGAUGUUGUGGAGGAUCUGUCGAGGUAAUGUCUUUCUUCGACAAGCUGAAAUUGACACUCCGUUGGAAGAUCCUGUCACUGGAGACAGUGUGCACAAGUCUGUGUUCAUUAUCUUUUUUCAAGGUGACCAGCUGAAAAGUCGCAUCAAGAAAAUCUGUGAAGGGUAUCGGGCCACACUAUACCCAUGUCCUGAGACUCAGGCAGAGAGGAGAGAAAUGGCCAUAGGAGUCAUGACAAGGAUAGAGGAUCUCAAUACAGUUCUCAGUCAGACGCAGGAUCAUCGUCACCGUGUCCUGGUGGCAGCAGCCAAAAACAUCAAAGUCUGGUUCAUCAAAGUCAGAAAGAUCAAGGCCAUCUACCACACCCUGAACAUGUUCAACCUGGACGUGACACAGAAGUGUUUAAUUGCCGAGUGUUGGUGUCCGGUGACAGAUCUAGACAGAAUUCAGCAGGCACUUAGAAGAGGAACUGAGCGCAGCGGAAGCAGUGUUCCCUCCAUCAUUAACCGCAUGGUGACCCGCAUGAUUCCCCCAACCUACAACCGAUGUAACAAGUUUACUCAAGGCUUUCAGAACAUAGUUGAUGCUUAUGGUGUGUCCAGAUAUAGGGAGGUGAACCCAGCACCGUUCACCUGUAUCACAUUUCCGUUCCUGUUUGCGGUCAUGUUUGGAGACAUGGGCCAUGGACUGAUUAUGUUUUUGUUUGCUCUGUAUCUGGUGGUCAAGGAGAAACAGCUAGAGUCUAAAAAGGGCCAGAAUGAGAUCUUUGGAACAUUCUUUGGUGGUCGAUACAUCAUCUUGUUGAUGGGAGCCUUCUCCGUCUACACAGGUUUUAUCUACAAUGAUAUUUUCUCCAAACCACUGAACCUGUUUGGCACAGGCUGGAGGAUCCCAGAAAGCAAGUACACUCCGUCAGUUUUAAUGCAAACAUCAAAGUUCAAAUUGGAUCCUAAUGAAACUUUUCUGGGUGCCACAUAUGCCAUGGGUGUUGAUCCGAUCUGGCAGUUGUCAAAGAACAAAAUUGCCUUCACCAACUCUCUCAAGAUGAAGAUGUCCGUGAUACUGGGGGUGUCUCAGAUGUUCUUUGGGAUAGCUCUGAGUUACCUCAACCAUCGACAUUUCAAGAAGCCAUUAAACAUCAUAUUUGACUUCAUCCCUAUGAUCAUCUUCCUGUUCUGCAUGUUUGGCUACCUAGUCAUUUUGAUCUUUGUCAAGUGGAUCAAGUACCCACCCAGCCAGUCCCACAUAGCACCAAGUCUGCUUAUUGGUCUCAUUGACAUGUUCCUGUUCAACUAUGGCAAGUAUAUGCCAGAGAGCGAGCAUGACCCAAGAAAAGCAGACGAGAAAGAAGGGCUGCAGGAUUUCUUUGUUGUUCUGGCCGUCCUCUGUGUUCCCUGGAUGAUGCUGGCCAAGCCUUUGUUCACAUGGUAUCAAGCCAAAUAUGGACAGUUCAAGCAUCAGCCUCUGUCUGUGAACAGUGGGGAUCUGUUGGAGUCUGGCGAUGUGGUUCACAACACAGAGAGCAAUGGACCACUACACAGUGAAGCUGGGGUACAAGAAGAGCACACUGAUCUCAGCGAGAUAUUUAUCCACCAAAUUAUCCACACCAUAGAGUUCUGCCUGGGAUGUAUCUCUCACACAGCGUCAUAUCUCCGUCUCUGGGCUUUGUCACUAGCCCAUGCUCAAUUAUCAGAGGUCCUGUGGGAGAUGGUUCUGAGGAUUGGCCUCCGCAGCUUCAGCAGUGCCUGGGGCUCUAUAGUUCUGUUCUUCAUAUUCCAAAUAUGGGCCGGGCUGACUGUUAUGAUCCUGGUCCUCAUGGAGGGCCUGUCUGCUUUCCUGCAUGCAUUGAGGCUUCACUGGGUCGAGUUCCAGUCCAAGUUUUAUGAAGGCAGUGGGCACAUGUUUAUUCCCUUCUCCUUCAGUCACAUUGUGGAUCAUGGAGUAGAGGAGUUAGCAUAG